CGAACACGAAUACAAAAUCACAAUACAAACAUAACGCGACACUAUCAACUCCAAUUUAAUGAGAAUGACUAAAUUAGUAAUGAACUAAUGACUAAUGGGUCACAUAAUUAGUACUCCUUAGUACAAGAACCAGUAAAGAUCCUAAAAUUUCCCAUCCAACCAACUAAUCCCACUUCCACUCAAUCCUUCCACUUCAUUUUUCCCCAUCCAACCACCCCAAACCCUCGUUACUCCCCUCUGCUUUCAAAUCAUAAUUUGUCCAUCAAAUUUAAUUUUCGAUUUUCCGAGGUGCCGAUUCAGUAGGGUCCUACACCGUACCAAUAUGUCGCCGCUCUCGGCCUCUUCCGUAGAUGCCACCAUCUACCACCUCUGCCUCCUAACCCUAUACCUCAUUUCCCUCCCAACAUUCCUCGCAUUACACUUCAUCCAAGCCCCUUACGGCCGUCACCGCCGCUCAGGGUGGGGCCCCACCAUCCCUUCGUGGCUCUCAUGGCUUCUCAUGGAAAGUCCCACCAUUUUUUUCUCUCUCCUAAUCUACCCUUUUGGCCAAUUCUCUUCUUCCCUCCGAUCUUUCUCUCUCCUCGCCGUCUUUCUCCUCCACUACUUCCACCGCACCGUUGUUUACCCUCUUCGUCUUCGCCGGAAAACCACCAGCGAUUUUCCGAUCUCGGUUUCUUUGAUGGCUUUCUCGUUUAAUCUGCUGAAUUCGUAUGUUCAGACUAGGUGGAUCUCGAAUUACUGUGAUUAUGGUUUGGAUGAGUGGUUUCGGGGGCGGUUUUCCGGUGGAAUGGUGGUUUUUGGGUUUGGUAUGGUGGUAAAUGUGAAGUCGGAUUUGGUUUUGGUGGGCUUGAAGGCCCAAGGUGGUGGGUAUAAGAUUCCAAGAAGUGGGCUUUUUGAGUUGGUGAGUAGCCCAAAUUAUUUGGGUGAGAUUAUUGAGUGGUUGGGCUGGGCUAUUAUGAGUUGGUCAUGGGCCGGGUUUGGGUUUUUCUUGUAUACUUCUUGUAAUUUGGUGCCUAGGGCAAUGGCUAAUCAUAAUUGGUAUUUGGAGAAGUUUAAGGAUGAAUAUCCAAAGAAUAGGAAAGCUAUAAUUCCCUUUUUGUACUAAAAAAAUAAGUACAUUACAUUUAUUAUUUGCAAAUGAUUUUUGUAUUAGUGUUAUUGUGUUAGAAUUUAAGGAGAUGUAAGUGUGAAUUGUAUGUGUAAAAUAAAUUGUAUUAGUAUUAUGUUAAUGAUUUGGGAUUUUAAGAUCAAGGUGCAAGAGAUAAUAAGCAUGAUUACAAACA